AUCACCGCGCCCCGUGUCCGCUCACGACUCCGACGCAUCACACGCGCGAUGUACAGCCGGGGGCUGGGCCUCAGCGACUUCAACGUGCUUGACGGCGAAGGCAACCCGUUUCUGUUCGAGCAGUUCAACCAAUGUCGGGCGGUGCUGAUAGUAAACGUCGCCAGCCAGUGCAGCACGGCGGAAAGGAACUACCUAGAGCUGCAGGCACUACGAGAAGCAUACGACGAGGAUGAACUCGCUAUCGUAGCCUUCCCAUGCAACCAAUUUGGAGGAGUAGAGCCGGGCAGCUGGCAAGAGAUAUCUAGUUCCGCGGAGAGAAGAUUCGGCGUCACGUUUCCGAUCAUGGGCAAGGUGGAAGUGAACGGGCUUCGGUCGCACCCUCUGUUCGCAUGGCUCAAGGCAGCCUCGGGGGUGCCGGGGAACAUUGAAUGGAACUUCACGAAGUUCCUUGUCGUGGGGGGCAACCACGUGACAAGAUACUCCCACGAGGUGAAUCCUAGCCAGAUCGAGCAAGACAUUAUUAGUGCUCCCAGUGCCGGGUACGAGGGCGACUUAUGAAGGGAAUGGUCUCAGGGACCAAGGCAGAUGGCGUUGGACGCCAGGAAAAGAAAGCGCAGCCUGCGGUGCGCGUGUGCUGCACGUUCAACGCCUCUACGGAAAAAAACCAACAACUCGCUCUCUAUCUCCUCCCCGCUCGGAGAGCAGCAAAGCAAUGCGCGGCUUGCGAGAGGCGUGUGCACGCGAGGUGCGUUGUGCUUACUUAAACUAAACUACGACGGAUUUUACGCCCGACGCUCACGCGCGCCCAUCCACACGUAAGUGUGGAGCGGAGGGGAGGCGUUCCUGUUCUUUGCUGGAUCAGCCUGCGCCCCCCCCUUGCGUCCACCAAGAGCGAGGUCUGUCUUUGUCUUCGGGAAAUCCCACCAGACAAGGCAGCCCCCCUCCCCAAGCACUACCACUGCCAUCCGGCGUGGGAGCGCUCUUUCCUGUUGUUAUUGUCGUUGCGGCGAGGCUGCCAUCGGAGGGUGGGUGUGCAUGGAGCGUUUGCGCGAGAGACUGACUGUUGGGUAGUGUCCGUACAGCGCUCAGAGGCGUCGUCCGGGGUGAUGUCCGGUACAGAUUCACGUGUUGGAGAGCCAGGUUUUCCUUAACCCUUGCUUUGAUUGUUUUUCGAGUAUUUUUUUACUUCUGGCUCGUUUUCUCUAACUUAUUCAGUUUUAUUUUUUGGGGGUCGUGGAUGUUCGACGAAAGACCUCCUCUUCCUCUGGAAAAUUGCAUGCGUACAUACACGCGUCAGCCAUUUUGACUUAAUGGGGCUGUUCGUUGGCUUUGUAAAUUUCAGUUUUUUGUUGGUAAAAUCGACUGCUGCUGGUGUUGCUGCUGCUGUGUUGUCGACCGGCGGACUUAACGGCACUGACCAGUAGGAAUGCGCCUAGGAAAAGUAGGUAGCAGACGUCCGCGUCAGUAUUGGCGUUGUAAUAGACGAUCUGCUGCUGUGUCACAUCAGUGAUGACUUCACUUCCUUCCUCCGUCGACGUAUGCAUACAUCACUGGGUCAGAAAGAGGCUGUGGCUGUUGUACCUCAAACCAUACAUUAGCUGAGUGGGGUGUUGAAUGAGUGGGCCCUUUUAUUUCUGCACGUGAUUGGGUUUACAUUUUAUAGCACUGCGUGAUUGGCCAUGUCAAACGCUGAACAUCGUAUACCACCUUGUUUUUCUUCCAUUUUCAAGUUUUUUUUUUGGUCUUUGCCCCGCGGAUCACGCUGCGGUUGGGACGCCGUUUCGUUGUUGCGGUUUGGUGUGAAAUCUUGUAGAGAAAUGAUAGUGCUUUUUGGUACGUGCAUGUUGUCGUUUGUAGCACUUAAAGUGAAGUCUACAUCCCUGAUUUUUUUUUUCAGCGUCCUUCCUCCUCCCUCCGCUGGCUACGGGGAACGUACGAAGACUGUUCAUCCAUACCCCCCCUCCCCCCUCCCGACACAUGGAGUUUGUUUGCUGCCGUGGGGUGCUUUCUGUUUUGGUAAGAAUCUUCUCUUGGAAGAGUGGAACCGUUUGGUCGGAAAUCUGAGCGAUUUUGGUCCGUGCUGAGUGAUGAGGUGGUGAGGGCGGAUGGUCGGUGGGGAGGAGGGGGGGGGGGGCGAACAAGGCAAAAGCGGGCGCGCCCGCCCGCACCCCCGCUGCCUGCUGCCAUCGUUGGUUGUUUCCAUUGGUGUGCAUGUUUGUGUUUGUUUUGAGAGCGCGUCCCUGCCAUUCAGACCGCCUUCUUUUUCUGUUUUUGAAAAUUCGGGGAGGGCAUGCGGUGGAUACUACAGACGAAGUGGUUCGGGCUUGACACCCCCUCGUUGGCGCGAAACAGACAGCAGUUUUAUCUCUUUUCCGUAGGGCACGCACGAUAUUCUGUGCAGUAUUUCUUGCUUUCGAGCAUGCCCGGCCGGUCAAGAGAAGGAGGAGGAGUCAGGGUUUGACAGUCGGCCGUGGUGCGUGUCAAGAUUAGAUGCUGGAACGGAAUCGUUGUACGUACAUCGUGAGCCGAGCCCUCGGUCAUGGUGAGUUAAGUUAGCCCAUAGAGAUAAACUGAAGAAACGUGAGGUCCCCGGGGCGCGGUCUACCCCCGUUGGUAGAGGUCUCCGUGAGUGUAUGAGAGAGGCUUUGCUUCGCGGAGAACGAGUUUGUCACUACUCGUGUAUAUAUAUAUAUGUAUCGAUCGGUGGGACCCCUGCUGUUUUAUCUUGAGUACACGUGCUUAAAUAGGGAAAGAUAGUAGUAGCGUUUGGUGAGCUCUGUGAGCAGCUUGGGUUUCUGUUCGGUUCCUGGUCCGGUUUAUUAUUUAGUGGUUUUAUUCCUGUCGCCGUUUUGUUUCCGGCUAGCUUCCUUGAUUCCCCGUAUCGCUUGGUAUAGUUUGUUGCGAAUCCGCUAAACUUUCUCGCCUCCCUCGUCUGCCACGCACGGUUUCGCCGUGAGCGAGCGGAAGAAGGAAUCAUUGCUGCGUCGACCAACUUCGCGCGAUCGAAGUGGAAAUACUGCUGCUGUGGGCGUUCCGUUCAAAAAGCCAGGCUUUAGCGGUGCAACACACCAUGUUUUGGGGCAGGUGUGGAUCAUCAACCAGAGAUGAAAGUGCGUGUAAUCGCAGAGCGGAGUGUUAGUGGUGGUGAUGCAUACGUCCAUGUCCAAACCUUAACUUCUGGAUUCUUCUACGUAACCCCUCCGGUGCUAGCUCAACGGAAAAGCUACAGCAGUGGCGGUAAUAGUGGUAGCGGUGGUGGUGGUUGCGGUGGUGGUGGCGAUUCGCGCUGAAAUGGUGGCAGUGGCACGAGCAAGAGUAGCGGCGGUGCGACCCUCCGUUGGAAGGAGGGAGGACAAUGCCUCCGCUGCAAAAAACAACUCACCGGAUGAUAAUAUUGUAGAGCGGGGAGGUAUCGUUGUGUGGCAGAUAAUAUUUACAUACGAGACGUGGAACUAUUUACGAGUCUCGGAACGCGGCGGAAAAACAACGGCAGGGUAGGGCGGUGGCGGGGGAGAGGGGGGCGCUGACUAUUGACAUGCUUUGGCAAGCCUCCCCGAGCAUGGCAGGUUCACUUUCUGCCCGACAAAACGAGCCACACCUUAAAAAAGAAUUCGGGAGGUGCUUCGUCAAGAAUCUUGCACGAAAACCUAUGAAGUCGCUGUUGGGUUACCCCACAUGAAAAGAAAUAAAGCUCGGGCAAGGCGUUUUGUAGUGGUGACGCAGGGCACGUCUCCGCGGCAUCGCAUGAUUGGCCUGUAAUACCAGCACGCGAAACUUCUCUUCGACCGCAUUUCUUGGUCUGAUCUUGUUCUCGAUCUCGACACAGGAGGAGCGUGGGUCUUUUGCCCUAUUCCACAAAGAGCAGUGGCCAAAAUCGGGUACACCCGGUUCAAACAUGGCUAUAAUCGGGUACCCCUACAAGACGCUGCUGGAAACGACCGCAUGACACCGUCUGAUUGGCCGACGCCCACCCCUACCCGACCUUGACCAUCUUUCCACCGGGUGCACCCGAUCUUGGAUCCUCGCCCCCCGGAGGGGUACCCGGUUUGCUUUCCCCUACCCGAAAAUGGCUGGGCUGUUCGGCCAAACCCCAUGCACACAAGAACACGUCAGCAAUGCCUUGCCCUCGAAUUCGGACGUUCUGACGGCAGGCGGGGGCGGACCCACCGCUGGCGGUGGAGCUCUCGCUUGGGGGAAACGGCAUCAGGCAGGCGGUCGGUGCAAAUGAUCGAG